GUUCGGACCUUAUGGGGCGAUUACAAUUAUUUACAAAGAAGUCAGUAAACGAUCGCGCGAGUACGGUCGCGGUGUGGUUUGUGGCGUGUGCUUUGUCAACAAUCAAAAUGUUAGCAGCCUUCUGGUCUUUUAUCCUAUUUUUAUCAGAAGCGUUCGGCAUCAAAUGGGCACCCCUCAACGUGCCUUUAUCACGGCGCCUCCAGACUUUAGCAGCUACAGGGUGGAUCUGUCUCAUUCUUUUUGGAGAAGCGUUCGCGGUGCUGUUGUUCAUCAAAAUACUGUAUUCCUCCCUCUGGUACUUGGCUAUAAUUUACGCGAUCUGGAUGUUGAAUGAUAUCGAUGUUUGCCACAGAGGUGGAAGGACGAUAGAAUGGGUGCGAAAUUGGAAAUGGUGGAGUUAUUAUCGAGACUACUUCCCUAUCAAAUUAGUGAAAACAACAGAAUUGGAUCCCUCAAAGAACUACCUCUUUGCGUGUUUCCCUCACGGAGUAGUAUGCUCCGGAGCCUUUGGCGCCUUCGGUACAAAUGCCCUGGACUUCUACAAGGUGUUUCCUGGUCUGUCUUGCCACAUGAUUACAUUAGCUGGACACUUUAUGGUGCCGUUGUUUAGAGAUUUGGUACUUGCUUUGGGAGGUUGUGCUUCUUCGCAAGAGAGUCUCUUAUACCUCUUGGAUACGAAGCGACAACAAGGGAACUGCGUGGCGUUGAUAGUAGGAGGCGCCGCUGAGGCUCUGGAUUCGCACCCAGGGGAAUAUAAAGUUAUUUUGAGCAGGAGAAAGGGAUUCAUUCGCGUUGCACUGAAAUCGGGGGCACCUCUUGUACCGGUAUUUUCAUUCGGAGAGACGGACGUGUUUCGACCACCCAGUAACCCACAUGAUAGUUUGCUGCGCAAAUUUCAAGAGAGGUUCCGCCAGUUAACCGGGAUAUCUCCCCUGUUCCCGAUCGGUCGGGGGGUCUUUCAGUAUACAUUUGGAGUGCUGCCAAUGCGAGCGCCUAUUACUACUGUUGUUGGCGCUCCAUUGGAAGUUCAGAAAAAUUUGGAUCCAACAGAUGAGGAGAUCGACUCACUUCACGCGGAGUUCACGAAGAGAUUGAUCUAUCUGUUCGAAGCAGAGAAGUCCAAGUAUUUGAAGAACUAUGAGAACAUACAGUUAAUUAUAACAUAGUUACGUAAAUUGUAUUGAAAUAACUGUAACUGUUAUCUAUGGCGGGAACAUAAUACAACAGUGGACGGUAUUUAUAAAACGAAUCGUUAUUUAGAUUGAUUAUUUUAGUAGCUUGGUGAAUUAUUUUGUUUCUUUAAAUCAAAUGAGAUCUUGGCAUUGGCAAAGUUCGAUGGUACCAAGAGAGAACAGACAAGCUACGUCUUAUACUCGUGAUACCUAUUUCGUCACUUUGUUUUAGUGUGCAUUCGUUGCUUAAAAUUUGAAAAUGAGGUUAAAAGAUUGUCGCAAAUUUUCCCGACGUGUUCACAGCUGUCGCAGUCUGUUACACGUAUAAAUAAACUAAGUUUCUAAUUUAAUUGAAGGAUAAUUCUCAAAGUAAUGGUCCCUAUAUUAUGGUCUAUUACGUAAUCAUUCACCCAGGUCAAAGAAUAUGUACCUUAUAGGUAGCCAUGUUUAAGUCGUGUCAAAACAUGGCAUAAUUAACUAUUGUCUGAAUAUAUUAUUAAUUAUAAAUUAAUAUAAUAUUGGUUGCUUCCUUGUUGCUUCAUUAUUCCUUUAAAUUAUAAUUAUUUUGUAAUGCUUUAUUAGAAAUUUUGCUGUACCGUAUUUCAUGUUUAUUAUAAGUACUGAGAUAGUUUUUAUUUAUUUCUGAAAACAAAUAAAAUUAAAAUCCUAUAACAAGUAUCACGAAAACCCUAGAGCGUUUAUCUGGGUAAGAUGUCGCUCGCAAAUUAUAGGUUUAUUUAAUUAAAAUUUAUUGAUUUUUCAAUCAAGGUUUACAUAUAACAUUAUAAAUAAUGUUUGUUGUUCUAAAUAUUAACCCCCUUAUUCAUAAUAGUCUGCUAACUUAAAGCAUUGCUAAUUAUCACUCUGUCUUCUUCUAUUGACCAAAGUCAGAAUGAGAAAAAACACUCCUUAGCGGCUGUUUAAAGUUAGCGGACCAUUAUGAAUAAGGGGGUAUAAGUUUUAUAAAGACUGUAGAUUCCGUUGGAUUUAUAUAAAUUUAUGUAAAUAUUCUUACAUUUCAUUUAUUAUAAGAAAUAUUAGGUAAGUACUUACCCCCUUAUACAUAAUGGUCCGCUUACUUAAAACAGCCGCUACAGAGUGUUAUUUCUCAUUCUGACUUAGGUCAAUAGAAGAAGACAGAGUGAGAAUUAGCAAUGCUUUAAGUUAGCAGACUAUUAUGAAUAAGGGGGUAAGUUACUAAUCGUUCUUGUGCCGUAGUAAUAUGGUUUUGGUCUAUUUGGUUUUCAAUAAUAGGAAAUAAUUACUCAAUAAUUAUUAUGUUUGCAAAAUCAAGAUUUGCUCAGAUAUAUUCCAUUAUGUUUGUAACUAGUAUUAAAUUGUUUUGAUUAUUUCAUAAAUGUUUUCUUUA